AUGGGAGGUUUUCAUGUUUAUUGUGUCAUCUGUGGCGCUACAACCACCGAGGUUGAAAUUGGGCCCAGAGAACAACCUGGAGAUGACGAGGAUGUCUAUAUGGAGAACAGAUAUGAUGAGGAUGUGAUUGGUGAUGAGGACAUGGAGUGGUUCCGGCAAGCCCGACUCCUCGGUUUCAACCCCGACGCCUCAGGGGCAAACAAAUUCUACGUGUCUGGUGCUGGGGAAUACCUCGGAGCUGGCAUCUUUGACGUAGACGAAGGCUCGGAGCCGGAUUCUGCCAUCGAAGACUUUGACUUGGCUGGCGUUCGAGCCUGGGGCGACUGUGACGGCGAAGAGCGCGGAUUUCCCUUUCACAGACAAUGCCACACUGUUCUUGCCCGAGUCCUUACCGGGACAGAAGACACAGGUAAAAUCAACAGAGCCGUUCUAUACAAGAUCUUUGGCGGCCUGAUAUCGGGAAAAUCGAGGUGUUCGGACCUCGACUAUGGCCAUGCCACACAGGGCCAAGACCAGACGUGGGAAGCCAUACCUGGCUACGAGUACACCGUUAUCAACCCAGAAAAGAGAGAGUCUCUAGUGCAAGACAUUCUUGAAGUUAUUCAGGAUGAGAAGUUCGUGGAGACACCUUCGAAUCUGAAUUUGGGACACAAAGUGAGAUGGGAUCCCCUCCGGGAAAUACCGGAGUCGCUUCUUCGCGAUAUCUUAGACCUCGUGGAUAACGAGUCAAUCUUUAGCCUGUGCAAAGCUUCUUGGGUCAUAUUCGAGUUGAUUCGACAUAGCCGGAACUUUUGGGAAAGCCGCAUCCGCAAGAACACGCCAUACUUUGAGGAGCUGGGUGAAACCAUUACGACAAGGCGCGAGUCUCUUGGAGGCCAGGACCUCCGGAAGAUCCUUCUAUGGGCAAAAGAGGCUUCGAAACCAAGAGUUGGGAUUUCGGGCCUUCUGAUGGCUGUGGCAAACCGUCGGAGAAUCUGGGGAGUGUGUGAACAGAUUGCACGUCGCUAUCAUGCAGAAUGUCCCGAUCCAGACUCGGAGCCGAGCUGCAAGAUGGAGUCAAUCGCCGUGUGCAACAAGAUGCACUUUGUCGGGUUCAAUGUCAAGCCAGUCUUUGAUACACAGCGGUCAUACUGGAUCCGGUCCUGGGACGAAUACGAUGCAGACCGGCCUUGGACGCUCAGGACAUUUUGGAACUCGGACUGGGACAUGACUGGGAUAUCUGUUAGCUUUGGAGACGAAGAACCUAGGAUGUUUGGCAAACGAGGCACAGAAGAGGGUGCUUGGGAAACUUCGAAAGAGGUGGCACCGGAAACAUGGCUCCGUGGCUUUGUCUUUCAUCUUUGGCCGACCAAUCCCCUCUUGGAAUGGGAACAUGCGCCGUGGAACUAUAUCAGUGUCAAGGGAAUCACGAUUUACUUUUAUGACGGUUUCCCAGUUAGCUAUGGUGACACUGGUGAUUCUUUGAUGCAACGACCGCUAUUUGCCGCCGAGGAUAUGGUCAUUGUGGGCGUUGAAGGCCAACUCGCCGAAAAAGAAGGCGUCACUCCCUGGAUCUUGCGAUUUGGACUCCUGCAGGCGUAUCCCGGUGACGAGGAAAAGCCAGAUCCGGGCUACUAUCCCGAAGUUGGUGACGAAGAGCAGAUGAGCUGGAGCAGUGCGUCUCUGGCCCUCCUAGGCAAGCCUAGCUGGGAGUCGGAGUCUUUAAAGUUCAUAUGUGACGGCUUUGAUAGGGUCGAGAACAUCGAUAUCGAUCGUGAACUCAUACCACUGAGGAUUCUAAUGCUGGGUAACCGACCAAACGAGCUCGCAAAUAUUCGGAGCAUUUCUGCUUGUAUCAACAGCAAGGUUACCAAUAUACGGGUCUCGUUCGUGGAUGGCCAGCAGACUCGUACUAUGAGGGAGGUUGACGAGGAAGGGUUCUUGUGGCCAGAGGAGAACUGGGAGGAGUUUGAGAUUGACGGACCGGGAGGGGAGAUUAUUGACGAGAUCGGUUGGAUCGAGUCGUAUGAUAGAUCUCCCGAACUCCUCCAUCUUCGAACAAACCGAAAUCGUACAGUGUUAUUUGCCCUAGACACCCUUGUCGGCGAGAACAACUCCAACACCAGAAUCAAGUUAUCCGGGUGGACUGUGGACAACAACCACAUGCGAGUUAUCAAGGCGGAAGAAGGGGACGUGAUUGUUGGCAUCGUCAUGGGUUUCGGACAACGAGAGUCGGAUUGGUUGUUUGAAUCGGACAGGGAAGAGUUUGGGACUAGGCCCUGGACGUAUGAGACUUUUCAAAAGAGGUCCGAGUCUAGGUUGUUUAGUUACUUUAAUUUUGUAGGAGCUUUGACGAUGGCUAAGGAUGCUUGA